AAAAGGUCUUAAAUGCUGAAUUAUUCCUUUUCUGUAUUUUACAACCGUUUUAAAUGUUUUACAUUCUUGAUAUGGUUUUUAUGCUUGGUUUUUACGCAGAUGUCUAACAAUGACUCAUUGGAUGUGCUUAACCUACCGCCCCGUAUAUAUAAUCCCGGGUUUGAACCAAACAUUGGAGCUGUUGUUAUUCAACAUUUCGAAACGCAUUUGGUCAAAAAAGUUGAGCUCGCACUAGGGGAGGAACAGUUUAAUCUAAUUAAAGCCUCUUUCCUUGGUCCUAUUAUUGAACUAGCAAAAAGAAGUGGAGUUAAUUUUUCGGGGAAGAUUUUCCACUUCUUGAUGCAGCGAAGGUUGCUUUUAAAGGAGAAGAAUCUCUGGUUCACAUUUGACUCCCAGCCAAUGCGAUUCUCAGAGAGAGAAUUCUUGCUUACCACAGGUGUUCAGUGUGACCUGAUUGAUAGUGAAAUGCUUCGAAAAGGCAAAGCUCCAUCAAAAGCUCCAUAUUUCUGGACUCAGAAAGAGCAUUUUACGCUGGAACAACUCCAAAAACGUUUGUUUGAACCAAAUCAGCUGCAUCCGCUGGAUGCUGAAGAGAAACUGAGUCUAGGUAUGGUAAUUUUGACAGAAGCCUUUCUCUUUACACCAGGUUCGUUGGAGAAAAUCCCUUUGUCUAGACUGGUACAUGCUUCAGAAUUCGCAAUCUACACAUCUCAACCGUGGGGCAAGCAUGCAUAUAGGGUUCUUGCUACAAGCAUCCAACGGAUAAAUGAGAAUACUUGGGCAAGAGGCACAUAUGAAGUAAAGGGAUUUGCAAUGGCGAUACUACUAUGGGCCUUCAGCGCAGUUCCAUCUUUGGGCUCAGCGUUUGCAACAGAAUGUGUUACAUCGAGAUCUGAGUAUCCUUUGUGUUUGAAAUGGGAAACAACUCAAACACCAAGAUUUUCUCAUGAAAACAAACAAACAGAGACCAGAGAAGAAUCAUGCAGUCCACCUGAUGAAGAUUCACACGAGAAUGUGAAUGAUGAAAAGGUUGCUCAAGAAGAGGGAGCCACAGAUGAGGUUCCACAUGCUAAUGAAGAAAACGAUCCACAAUGCUCGAAUGUCAAUGAUAAGGUUUCUCAAAAAAAGGAGAAACAACAUGAAGAGAUGAGAAACAUGGAUGGGGCUCCACAGGGAACUCAAGAAAGUGAUUCACAACGAUCAAAUGUGAAUGAUAAGGUUGCUCAAACAAAGGAGGCACAACAUAACAAGAUGGGACACUCAGAGGAGCCGUCACAAGAGAGUGAUUCACAACAAUCGAAAGUGAAUGAUAAGGUAUGCAUUAGUUAA